AUGAAGUCGACCUUCGUGUUCGCAGCGUGCGUUGCUUUGGGUGCGUCAUUCGCCCAGGCGCAAGGGACGGCUGGUGUGCCCGCAACGAUCAAUGUGGGUAACGGUCAAGCAACCGCAACCUUCCCCGCGGGUCUCGGCGGUCUCUCCACUGGCUCUGUCGUCUCGUUCACCCCUGGCGCGGCCUCGUCUGCCUCGCAAUCGCCCUACUACGUCGCCACCAACGCCGAGCAAUCCUCUACACUGGCGUCGUUGAACACGCACUUUUCGCAGGCCAUCUCCGCCGCGACCCCCACCACCGGCCCCCCGACCGGCAUCAGCACCGGCGUCACCGGCGGCUUUGACGGUGCCAACACUCUCAGUAUCCUCGAUGGAAGCAUCACCACCAUCCCCAACGCCGCAACGACGUAUACGGGACCGAGGAGCUCGAGCAGCAGUGGAAGCAGCGCACAGGGUCAAAGCUCCGGUGCACUCGGGAUGGGUGUCAACGGCGCCGUGAUGGGUGCCAUGGCAGCGGUCGUGGUUGGUGUUGUUGGCGGCGGCGCUUGGGUGCUCUAG